GUGAAAUGUCAACAAAAGUGCCAAACAUUAAACUGAAAAUUGAUCCUCGGAAUCUGCAGAUCCAGACAUUUACAGUGGAGAAAUUACUGGAACCACUGAUAAUUCAGGUUACAACGUUAGUGAACUGUCCACAGAAUCCUUCGAGUAAGAAAAAGGGUCGUUCUAAGAGAGCUCGUGUCUUGCUUGCUUCUGUGGAAGAAGCCACUUGGAAUCUGUUGGACAAGGGAGAAAAAAUUGCCAAGGAAGCAGUUGUGUUUAAAGAGGAGCUUCAUGCAGCUCUCGCUGAUGUGCGGAAAGAGAGUCAGGCCUUGCAGGUGUCAGCAGAGGCGUUCACCAGCGAUCCCUGCUCCCUGCCCAGGAGGCAGGCUGUUGUCCCCGCAGCUCGCUCCCUGCUGGCCGCUGUCACCAGGCUCCUCAUCCUGGCUGACAUGGAGGACGUGGCCUAUCUGCUGCAGCACCUGACUGUGUUUCAAAGAACAUUUGAAUCUUUAAGAAAUGUAUCCAGUAAAUCUGAUCUACAGAAGACCUACCAGAAGUUUCAAAAAGAUCUGGAGAAUCUUGAUUACUUGGCAUACAAACGUCAGCAGGAUUUGAAAUCUAGCAAUCAGCGAGAUGAAAUUGCUGCAGCACGUGCAUCCCUGAAGGAAAAUUCUGCUUUCCUACAUUCAAUAUGUUCAGCUUGUUUGGAACAUUCAGAUGUUGCAUCCCUUACAGCCAGCAAGGAUUCAAUUUGCAAUGAAAUACAGAAUGCUCUCAAUGUAAUUUCUAAUGCUUCCCAAGGAGUUGGAAAUAAAAUGGAGCAACCUGCAUCUCACACAGCUACUCUUGGAAGUGCACUUGAUGAGCUUGAGAAUUUAAUAGCCCUGGAUCCCCUGGCAGUGAAGGAGGAGAAGGUGAGGCCGUCUCUGGAGCAGCGGCUGGAGGCGAUCAUCAGCGGGGCGGCGCUGCUGGCCGACUCCUCGUGUACCCGCGACUCGCACCGCGAGCGCAUCAUCGCCGAGUGCAGCGCCAUCCGGCGGGCCCUGCAGGAACUGCUGGCCGAGUACCUGCGCUCCACUGACAAGGCAGAGAGAAGCAAUGCCUUGAACGUGGCCAUAGAUGCUAUGUGCAAGAAGACCAGAGACCUCCGCAGGCAGCUCCGGAAAGCCAUUAUAGAUCACAUCUCAGACUCCUUCUUAGACACCACUGUUCCACUGCUAGUUCUCAUUGAGGCUGCUAAAAAUGGAAGAGAGAAAGAAAUAAAGGAAUAUGCUGCAAUAUUUCGAGAACAUACCAGCAGGCUUGUGGAGGUUGCCAAUCUUGCUUGUUCGCUGUCCACAAAUGAAGAUGGAACGAAAAUUGUCCAGAUGGCAGCUAACCACAUCGAGACCUUGUGCCCCCAGGUUAUUAAUGCUGCUUUAGCUCUUGCUGCCAGACCAAAAAGUCAGGUUGUGAAAAGCAACAUGGAGAUGUAUAGGAGUACGUGGGAGAAUCACAUCCGUGUUCUUACUGAAGCUGUGGAUGACAUAACCAGUAUUGAUGAUUUCCUUGCUGUAUCAGAGAGCCACAUCCUGGAGGACGUGAACCGCUGUAUCGUGGCGCUGCGGGAGCAGGACGCCGAGGGCCUGGAGCGCGCUGCGGGCGCCGUGCGCGGCCGUGCCGCCAGGCUGGCACACACCGUGGCCGGGGACAUGGACAGCUACGAGCCAGGAGCUUACACCCAGCGCGUCAUGGAGCACGUGCAGCACCUCAGCACGGCUGUGAUUCCAGAGUUUGUUAAUCAAGUAAAUAUUGCAUUGGAGAGCUUAAGCAAGAGCACAGUGCACCUGUUUGAUGACAACCAGUUUGUGGACAUUUCCAAGAAGGUGUAUGAUACAAUUCACAACAUCAGGUGCUCAGUCAUGAUGAUUCGGACGCCCGAGGAGCUGGAGGAUGUGUCUGACCUGGAGGACGAGCACGAUGCCCGCAGCCGUACCAGCGUCCAGACCGAGGGCAAGACUGACCGGGCCAAGAUGACUCAACUGCCAGAAGCUGAAAAGGAAAAGAUAGCUGAGCAAGUGGCCGACUUCAAAAAAGUCAAGAGUAAGCUCGAUGCAGAGAUUGAAAUCUGGGAUGACACCAGCAAUGACAUAAUUGUUCUGGCCAAGAGGAUGUGUGUGAUUAUGAUGGAGAUGACUGACUUCACAAGGGGGAGGGGCCCACUGAAGCACACGAGUGACGUCAUCAACGCUGCCAAGGUGAUCUCGGAGUCGGGCUCGCGCAUGGACGUGCUGGCACGGCUCAUCGCUGACCAGUGCCCAGACCAGUCGUGCAAACAGGAUUUACUGGCUUACCUAGAACAGAUCAAGCUGUACUCCCAUCAGCUCAAGAUCUGCAGCCAGGUGAAAGCAGAAAUCCAGAAUCUGGGUGGAGAGCUCAUCAUGUCUGCACUGGACAGCGUCACUUCACUCAUUCAGGCCGCCAAAAAUUUAAUGAAUUCUGUGGUGCAGACAGUGAAGAUGUCCUACAUUGCAUCCACAAAGAUUAUCAAGAUUCAGAGUCCUACUGGCCCACGACACCCAGUUGUGAUGUGGAGAAUGAAGGCUCCAGAGAAGAAGCCCCUGGUUAAAAGAGAGAAGCCAGAAGAAAUCUAUGCUGCUGUCAGAAAAGGUUCUGCAAAGAAGAGAAUCCAUCCUGUGCAGGUCAUGAGUGAAUUCAGAGGCAGAGAAGUAGUCUAA